AUGAGAAUUCUUGAGAAAUUAACGAAGGAGAGGGUGGAGGAAAACUCUGAAACACUGGAGCUCACCGGCGGCGAAUUUCUGUACUACGACUUCAGCAAGAGCCACAUUGCAGAGAACGACAAGGAAGAAAUCAGAAGCAAGAUCCUCAGCAACGGCUUUGAGUCGAAGAUUGAGGGAAUGCUGCAGGGCAGAAACAUCAACACGACAGAGUCCAGGCCGGUUCUUCAUUAUCUCCUGAGGGAUGAGAGGGUGCUGCUGCAGGUGGAGCAGAUUUUGGGCAAUGAGGAGAGUGCCAAGAAGGCCAAAACCUCAGGUGACGUUAUUAGUAAUGCGAAAGAAGAGAUUAUUGAAGAGCUGGCCAGGAUCGCUCGAUUUUCCGAGGCUUUUGAUGGGAUGGAGGGAGUAACGAGCAAGACGUUCGACACUAUUGUGAAUAUAGGAAUAGGGGGAAGCGACCUGGGGACCCAGGAUGGUAACAGAUGCUUUGCAGGCCUAUUCCAAGGGCAGAAAGGUGUUUUUCAUUUCAAACAUUGA